AAGAAACAGUAGCAGAGGAAGAAACGCCAUCACAUCCGGUGACGGUGAAAUUUCAGUCGCCAGGCGCCAACAGAAACUUAUUUUGGUACAGCGGCAGACCAACAAACAGCAAGGCAUUUCUGAUGUGCACGGCAGCAGACAGUGGAGAAAUAAUCAUCCUAAGUAGUGAUGAUGAUGAUGAUGAGGGCAAAGACAUGUCCUGCCUCAUCGUGGAGGUGGAGGAGGAGGUGAAGAAGAAAGACUGCCAGCCGUCUCCCAGCCUUCUGGAGGAAGACCUGGUCGUGACCUUCUCCCGCCAUGCUGAUGUGCUGCCUCACGCUCGCUUUGACUGUCCCAUACACCCUUUUACGCCUGCAGAGAUGGAGACUCGAGCACCAGCAGACAGUAACCAGCUCAUUUGCGAUCAGUGCUUCUGCUACAUCUGCGAUGAGCUGGCCUCACUGUGUAAGAUGUGGUCUGUAAGCGGUAUUUGUCACUGCAACAGCCAUAAGAGGAGCACCUUCUGGAGCAACCUCAGAAACCAAAAACUGCUGGGAGGACUGACGGCGUUCAACCUCACCCUGUCAGAAAUAGACUCACACCUCCGACUCGCAGAACUCAUGGUCAUGUUCCAGCAGAUACAAGACCUCAUCCCCUACUUCAUGUGCAUGGCUGGAAACUUUUCGUUGGCGUUCCCAAGUCUGUCCUCCUCGGUGAACGGUCCCGCCUCCCGUUUUACUCCGGAGCUCUUCCUCUUUUAUCUCCGUGUCUUUGAAACAGCAACUGCACCAAAGCUGACGCCAGUCAGUAAGCCAGAACAGCUCUGCUGUCCAGGUGCAGUGUGGGAGUCUAUUAAAGAUGCUGUGCCACUGAAACGUCCAGAGCUGGUGAAGUUUGCUCUCAGAGUUCAGAGAUGCUGCAGUGCCGUAUAUGUUGAUUCUCAGUGUUGGACCAGUUUACUCACAAUCGUCAGCAAACCCAUGCCGAUGCCCAGUCUGCAGUUUCUGCAGGAAUCGCGGGAUGUUGUGCACAGGAUACUGCUCGAACAGAAGGGCACCAAUAUGCAGAUCCCACGAUCCUUUCAUGAGGUGUAUCCAGAUCAGUCCUUGCUCCUGUUGGUAACAGGAGCUUUAAGCCAGAGAAUCCUUUAUUCUGUUGUGCAUCCAGUCCUACCUGUGCUCAACACCUUUAAGGAGAAUGGGUGGGCCUUUAAGUGGCUGUGUGACAGUUUGUCCUCCAAUGAGGAACAUCUCAAGAGUUUCAUUCAGGGGAUCGCACUGGAGCUGGGAAACACAGCAGAUGGGGAUAAUUUGUUACCCUUUCUCCGCUCCAUCAUACCCACUCUGUCUUCUGGGACCAGCAGUUCUUUGGCAGUUAACCUCGACUCCUCACAAGUGAAUCCCUCCUCACAGAGUCUACUUGCGUCCUGAUUGCACAUGCACCCCCACCCCCCCUGCAGAGCUGCAGAAGCUGUUUACAGCACUCUGCCUUCCACAAAGGGCUGCAUACUGUGGAGUCUCCAGCAUCAUGCGCACACAUCAGCUGCUGUUGGUACAAUGCACAGACUGCUGUUUAGUGUUUGACGACAAGAUACUUGAUUAACUCAUUAUGCUCAUUAAGAGUGUUUUUUUUUUUUUGUUUGUUUGUUUGUUUGUUUUUGGAUUAUUGAACG